AAUGAACAUCGAGAUCUAACGUCUAAACUUAAAGUCGUCUGCGCUUUUUGUAAUAAUCAUUUAAGCAGCGAUUUCUCGAAUUUCUCUGCUAUUUUUUUGUUUAGAAAAGAAAUUUUGCUGCACUGUACUCCGCUCGAACUCGGGUUUUCGGAACGCUCCUGGUGAAAGCAUACUUCUCAGUAAAUUUGUGAAGUUUUUGUGGAAUUGCUUGGCUCUGAGUUUUUAUAGAAUGGAUUUUGACGAGUAUGAAUACCUGGAAAACACAGUGGAAAAUCCAGAGCUUAAGAAAUCGGAGGAUAAGGUGAAUGGGGGCCAUCGAAUAGCUGAGUCUAAAGAGAAAGAUAGAAGUCGGAGUUCGAAGCACACAAGUGAUGAUGAUGGUGAUGACUUGGAGCGCCUGUCAAAGAGAUCGAGGUCAAGAAAAGAGUCUAAUGACCACGAGAAAGAUAGAAGGAGCUCGCGCUAUGGCUCGUCUUCCAGAGAUAGGGAGAAAGGUGAAAAGGACAGACACACGAGUAGUAGGGAGCAUAGAACGAGGGACAAGGAGGAGGGAAGUGAAAAGGAGAGAACCAGGGAUAGAGAUCGAGAUAGGGAUAGAGAUCGAGAUAGAGAUAGAGAGAGGGACAGUGACAAGAAAAGGGAUGGUAAUAGAGAGAGGAGAGAACGUGAAUAUGAAAGAGAGAGGGAUGUUGACAAGAAAAUCGAUGGUAAUAGAGAGAGGUCUCAUCGAAGCAGAAGUCGCUCAGAGAGGCAUAACGAUGAACAGGGAAGAGAAAAGAGUAGGGAUAUGGAGAUUGUAGAUAAAGAACCUCAAGAAAGAAGAAGAGAAAGGGACUUUAGAGACAGAGACAAUGGAAGCAGGAGAUACAAAGAGAAGAAGGAAGAAGGAGGGGAAGCAGAAGCUGAUCCUGAACGAGAUCAGAGGACAGUUUUUGCUUAUCAGAUUUCCUUGAAAGCUGGGGAACGGGAUGUCUAUGAAUUCUUCUCUCGGGCUGGCAAGGUUAGAGAUGUACAGCUCAUAAUGGAUCGUAAUACCAGACGCUCCAAAGGAGUUGGAUACGUUGAAUUCUAUGACUCAAUGUCAGUUCCUAUGGCAAUAGCUCUAUCUGGACAGCCGCUUCUUGGUACACCUGUGAUGGUUAAGCCGUCAGAAGCUGAGAAGAAUCUUGUUCAGUCAACUGCUGCGGUCCCUGUAGGAGGUGGGCUUCUUGGCCCAUAUUCCGGGGGUGCUAGAAAGCUGUAUGUUGGCAAUCUGCCACUCACUAUCAAAGAAGAUCAGCUUCGCCAGGUAUUUGAAGCUUUUGGCACUAUUGAGCUGGUGCAGAUGCCCGUUGACCCAGGGACUGGGAGUUGCAAAGGUUUUGCUUUCAUACAGUAUGCACGUCUUGAAGAUGCAAAGGCUGCUCAAAAUUUAAAUGGUCAAUUGGAGAUUGCUGGUCGAGUGAUCAAGGUGUCUGCUGUCACUGAUCAAGCUGGAAUGCAAGACGUUGGGGCAAAUAUUGCUGAUUUUGAUGAUGACGGGGGCAGCGGAUUGUCCUUGAAUGCACACUCGCGGGCACUUCUUAUGCAGAAAUUGGAUCGUACUGGAACUGCUUCAAGCAUCACUGGUCCACCAGCAGCACCAGUUUUCGGAGCACCACCAGUUUUUGGACAAACUUCUGUUGCUUUGCUUCCUGGGUUGGCAGCUGCAGGUCUGGCUAUGCCUGCUCUUACUGCUUCUUCGAUAGACACUGGUGUACCCAGUGAAUGUUUAUUGCUCAAGAACAUGUUUGAUCCCAGCUCUGAGGUUGAGCCAGAUUUUGAUCUCGAUAUAAAGGAAGAUGUGCAAGAGGAAUGUUCCAAGUUUGGGAGACUAAAGCAUAUCUAUGUAGAAAAGAACUCAGCUGGGUUUGUAUACUUGCGGUUUGAGAAUACGGAAGCUGCAAUGGCUGCACAGCGUGCACUCCAUGGUAGGUGGUUUGCUGGAAAGAUGAUCACUGCAACUUACAUGCUUCACCAAGAUUACGAGGCUCGAUUUCCUCCUAGCAGCUAGAAAGUGUGUGGCUAAUACAGCAGCCUUGUGCAAUUUUGCUUUUUAGGAGAUGGUGUAAUUUUGAGUUUGGAUGGUCAUUGUAUGCUGAAAAGUGUUUGACUUCUUGAUAGUGGCAAAAUAUAUCUACUUUACAUGGCUUCUGCCUUAGGAUUAAUUAUUUAAUUAGUUUGCAAUGUUAUAUUUCAUAAUGCUUUAAUGAUUUAUGAUUAAAUUAGUUUAUAAUCCAGGAUUCAUUUUUCAUUA